UGCCCUUCGGCUCCUGGUUCCAGCACGUCCGGGGGUGGCUGCAGCUCCGCGGCUCCGAGAACUUCUUCUGGAUCAGCUACGAGGAGCUGCAGCAGCACCCGAUCCCGGUGCCGUGCCUGGUGCUGGAUCCGGUUGGGAUCCCGAAUCGUCCCGCGGGAUCCGCGUUCCUGGAUCGCCCGGAGCUGUCCCAGAUCCCUCUGAGGGCGCUGGGGCUGUCCUGGGUCAGUCCUGGGGUUCUGGAUGUCCUGGGUCAGUCCUGGAUCACCUGGGGCCAUCCCAAACCCCUCCAGGUGGAUCCUGGGAUCCCAAACCCCUCAGAUCUGGCCGUGGCGUGCCUCGUAGCGCGCCAGCAGGGCGCGGAAGCGCUGGGUCAGUCCUGGAUCAGUCCUGGAUCACCUGAGGCUGUUCUGGAUCACCUGGGGCCCUCCCAAACCCCUCCAGGCGGAUCCCGGGAUCCCAAACCCCUCAGAUCUGGCCAUGGCGCGCCUCGUAGCACGCCAGCAGGGCGCGGAAGCUUUAGAACUGUCCUGGGUCAGUCCUGGAUCACCUGGGGCCAUCCUGGAUCACCUGGGGCCAUCCCAAACCCCUCCAGGUGGAUCCCAAACCCCUCCAGGUGGAUCCCAAACCCCUCCAGGAUCCCAGGAUCCCUCAGAUCUGGCCGUGGCGCGCCUCGUAGCGCGCCAGCAGGGCACGGAAGCGCUGGGUCAGUCCUGGAUCACUCCUGGAUCACUCGUGGAUCACCUGGAGCCAUCCCAAACCCCUCCAGGUGGAUCCAGGUGGAUCCCAAUCCCCCGGGAUCUCUCAGAUCUGGCCGUGGCGCGCCUCGUAGCGCGCCAGCAGGGCACGGAAGCGCUGGGUCAGUCCUGGAUCACUCCUGGAUCACUCGUGGAUCACCUGGAGCCAUCCCAAACCCCUCCAGGUGGAUCCAGGUGGAUCCCAAUCCCCCGGGAUCCCUCAGAUCUGGCCGUGGCGCGCCUCGUAGCGCGCCAGCAGGGCGCUGGGGCUGUCCUGGGUCAGUCCUGGAUCACCUGGAGCCAUCCUGUGUCAGUCCUGGGGUUCUGGAUGACCUGGGUCAGUCCUGGAUCACCUGGGCCAUCCCAAACCCCUCCAGGUGGAUCCCAAACCCCUCCAGGAUCCCAAACCCCUUAGAUCUGGCCGUGGCGCGCCUCGUAGUGCGCCAGCAGGGCGUGGAAGCGCUGGGUCAGUCCUGGAUCAGUCCUGGAUCAGUCCUGGAUCACCUGGGGCCAUCCUGGAUCACCUGGGGCCAUCCCAAACCUUUCCAGGAUCCCAAACCCCUCCAGGAUCCCGGGAUCUCUCAGAUCUGGCCGUGGCGCGCCUCGUAGCGCGCCAGCAGGGCACUGGGUCAGUCCUGGAUCUUCUGGUGUUCUGGAUGACCUGGGUCAGUCCUGGAUCACUCCUGGAUCACCUGGGGCCAUCCCAAACCCCUCCAGGUGGAUCCAGGUGGAUCCCGGGAUCCCGGGAUCCCUCAGAUCUGGCCGUGGCGCGCCUCGUAGCGCGCCAGCAGGGCGCGGAAGAGCUGGGUCAGUCCUGGAUCAGUC